GUACAGUGCCGUAAGCACCUCUCCGCUACACUCCACUCUCUCUUCACACAGAGAUGGCCGCCCGCCGCUGCUGCCCCCUGGCGACGCUCCUGGCAGUGCUGUUGGUGACGUCAUGCCUCGCACCGCCAGCGGACGCCAACGCGGUCAGCGUCUGCAUCCGCAACUGCGCGCAGUGCAAGAAGAUGUUCGGCCCCUAUUUCGAGGGGCAGCUGUGCGCUGACGCCUGCCUCAAGUUCAACGGCAAGAUGAUGCCCGACUGCGAGGACGCCGCCUCCAUCGCGCCCUUCCUCAACAAGCUCGAGUAGCCUCUGCACGGCUUCUGUCUCAAUAAAGUCUGUCUUCGAAGCUAACAUUCGCCAGCUUCUUUAUCCCAACCAGUUACCUGCUCUCCCUCGUGAGCUGCCCG